UGAUACCGAUACAUGUGCCAAUGAUUGUAAGAUUGUAAGUGUAAUAUACGCUAUGAGUUCUCAAAAAGGUAAUAUUUCUCGUUCGCGUAGUCAAAAACAUCAAAAUGCAACUGCCUUCAAAAAUGACAAGUAUGGAGCUACCGUCCAAGUGAAGAAGGCGAAGUCAAAGGUUCACGACGGCCUUUGUCAGCACUGUAAAGAUGUUCUUGAAUGGAAGGUCAAAUAUAACAAAUACAAGCCUCUAACACAGCCGCGCAAAUGUGUCAAGUGUUCUCAGAAAAAUGUAAAGGACGCAUAUCACGUGACCUGCAAACCCUGCUCUCUUCAGCUAGAGAUCUGCUGUAAAUGUGGCAAGAAGGAAGAAAUUGUUAUUCCAGUGAAUUCCGAUCUGGACAGUAAAGAAGAGGAGGAAGAAGGUGAUUGUAAAAAGAAAAACAGAGGACGACAGAAGAAGGAUGAACUGAACAGUGAGGAAGAGGAUGAUGACUUUGAUUUUGGAGAUGAUGACUGCAGUGAGAAAGACUUUGAUAAUGACUCAGAUUUAAAGAAAAUGAAUGAAAAAACUGGCCUUCCCAAUGUCUCUAAACUCCAUAUAAAAGAUGGAAGUGACUGA